AUUUAAUUAUCAAUUUUUAUAAGGUUAAAGGAAAAAAAUAUAGAAGUUUGUGUAUUAUAAGGGAAGAAAUCUAAAUAAAUAUUGAUUCAUAUGUUAUUUUAGAAACUCAAUAAUUUAUUAUUUGGUAAAUUUAUUGAAGUUUCCUUAAACAGAAACACUGUAGGAUCUAUAAUACAUCUGUAUAUAUAUUGGGUGCCAAGUUAUGUCUCUUGUCGUAUCUCCAUAGUAAAACCUAGCAGCAGUCACUUUCAGGGCUUCUCAAACCAAGAACAAUGGCUCAAGUCGAAUCAGAGGUUUCCACAGCUGCUCUUGCGAAGAAGAGAACGUUCAAAAAGUUUUCCUUCAAAGGAGUCGAUCUCGAUGCUCUUCUUGACAUGCCCACUGAUGAUCUUGUCAAGCUCUUCCCUGCCCGUAUAAGAAGAAGGAUGAGUAGAGGAUUGACGAGGAAGCCUAUGGCUCUCAUCAAGAAAUUGCGCAAAGCGAAAUUAGAAGCACCAGCUGGUGAGAAGCCAGAAGUAGUGAGAACACAUCUAAGGAACAUGGUGAUUAUGCCUGAAAUGAUUGGAAGCAUCAUCGGUGUGUACAACGGAAAGACUUUUAACCAAAUCGAGAUCAAACCGGAGAUGAUUGGACAUUACCUUGCUGAAUUCUCAAUCUCUUACAAACCCGUUAAGCACGGCAGGCCCGGUCAAGGUGCUACACACUCCUCUAGGUUUAUCCCUCUCAAGUGAAGCCAUUACAAGACUUCAUUUUGUUUUUACCAUUUCUUUUGUUUUGCUCAUCUAAAUCUAUCUUCUGAUGAUGUCUCUUCUCUAGUGUCUUUAAACUUUUCUUAUUAUCGUUAAAAGUUUUCUUGGUGUUUUUCUCUAUAAUAUUUAUAGUUAUACUUCUACCAUUAUGGGUUUUAGUCUAAACUUUUAGACUUGAGUUACAGUCUUAACAUUAUUUGAUUUUGAUCCUUAUAUAUUUCAAUAAUCUAAUCUA